AUGGCCAAUGACGAGCAAGGACACAUUCAUAUGUCCAUCCUGAUAUUGAAGAAACCACACUGUGAUAUUCCUUAUACGGUUCAGGGUUAUGCAAUCAGAUCUAAAUUUUUGAAACAAAGCUCUCAGGCGUUACUGGGCAUCUUCCUCACCUGGCAUAGUUGUGGUUGGACAUUUGUUGCUGACUCAAUAACUGCGAUCCUGGAGCAGCAAUUUCGCUUAGAACCGCACAAGUUUCCCGUACAACCUAGUCCAAUAACAAUUGCCCACAUGCGGUCGCCCCAGACUUUCAACACUCAUGCUGACAUGGAAACCGUGAACCUGGUCACAUCGGGCGGUGUCAACAAUAUGGUGUCCGUCACACUAUGGGAGGGAAUUAUAUCAGCAAUCCCUUCUGCGUCCUUCAUUCGUGGAUUGGUUCUAUGCACCUGUGGUCCCACUGGUUACAUCACAAACAGUGUCAUACUGCUGAAAAUGAUGAAAGACUUGAACAUAUUCGACUUUGUUCUCAUCUUCUCAGUGGUGGUUCCACCAUAG